AUGACUACUCCACCACCUCCACGACUGCUUUACUGCCUCCAUGACUACUCCAACACCUCCACGACUACUCUACCGUCUCCUCCACGACUACUCCACUGCCUCCACGACUACUCCACGACCUCCACUCCUACUCCACCGCCUCCAUUCCUACUCCAUGACUACUCUACCGCCUCCACGACUACUCCACCUCCUCCACGGCUCCUCUACUGCCUCCACUCCUACUCCACCACCUCCACGACUUCCACUCCUACUCCACCGCCUCCUCCAUCAUCUACGCGACUACUCCACCACCUCCACUACUACUCCACCUCCUCCACCCAAAGCUAUCAGAACUGCCCCCGGGAGUUUUUCAAGCCCCUUCGGGAGCUGCUGUUGACUCUGGCCCUGGGCCAGGUGCUCUCUCUGCUCAUCUGCGGGAUCGGCCUGACCAGCAAGUACCUGGCUGACGACUAUCGUGCAAACCCCGUGUUCCAGAGCUUUCUCAACUACAUCCUCCUCUUCCUGGUCUACACCACCACUCUGGCCGUCAGACAAGGAGAAGAGAACUUGCUGGCCAUCCUGAAGAGGCGAUGGUGGAAGUACAUGAUUCUGGGCUUGAUCGACAUCGAGGCCAACUACCUUGUCAUCAAAGCCUACCAGUACACCACACUCACCAGUGUGCAGCUCCUGGACUGCUUUGUGAUCCCGGUGGUGCUGCUGCUGUCCUGGUUCUUCCUGCUGGUGAGGUAUAAGGUGGUGCACUUUGUGGGCGUGGGCGUGUGCCUGCUGGGCAUGGGCUGCAUGGUGGGCGCCGACGUGCUGGUGGGAAGGCAGCAGGGCCUCGGGGACCACAAGCUAAUGGGGGACCUGCUGGUGCUGGCCGGCGCAACUCUGUACGGCAUCUCCAACGUGUGCGAGGAGUUUAUUGUGAAGAACCUGAGCCGGGUGGAGUUCCUGGGCAUGAUGGGCCUAUUUGGCUCCUUCUUCAGCGGCAUCCAGCUGGCCAUUAUGGAGCACAAGCAGCUCCUGAGGGUGCAGUGGGACUGGCAGAUAGGUCUGCUGUAUAUUGGCUUCAGUGCCUGCAUGUUUGGCCUGUAUAGCUUCAUGCCGGUGGUCAUCAAGAGGACCAGUGCCACUGCAGUCAACCUCUCCCUGCUCACUGCCGACCUCUACAGCCUCUUCUGCGGCCUAUUCCUCUUUCAGUACAAGUUUUCAGGGUUGUAUCUGCUGUCGUUCUUCAUCAUUGUGCUGGGCCUCGUCCUCUACGCCUCCUCCUCCACGUACGUCGCCCAGGACCCACGCGUUUACAAACAGUUCCGUAACGCCGGCAACCCCGUCAUAGACACGCCCACGUCCGGCCCCCUGGAACCCUCCGUGACUUAUACCAGCUUAGGACAGGAGAUUGAGGAGGAACCGCGCAUACGAGUCGCCUGAAUCCUAUGGGGACAAGGAGGCGCAUCGGCAUUGGGGUUUGCGCCCCCAAGUCAAUCAUCCAACUUCCUGCCCCAUCCAACUGACCAUAGAGAAAGACUGAAAGAGUGCGAGAGAAUGAUUGAGAGAAAAAAAGAAAGGAGUGCCGAUGCUUGUGGAGAUAUGAAAGAAAGGAGAACAAGUAGCAAGACAAGCAAACGUUCACUGUGAUCACAAACUGUGGAAAAAAAGGUAGCGGUGAUGAUUCCUGUCAUUUUCUGUCCUGAUUCUGAAGGCUUAUUGUGUAAAGAAUGCUCAGCACCCUUGACACACCUGACUGACUGUUUGACAAUAUGUGUUUGAUGGAUUCCAUGUUGAUUGUUCACCCAAAUGCUCAAAUAUCACCCCAACUUCUUUGUUUUUUUUGUUACAUGAGCACGAAAACAAACAAAAAACAACCCCUUACAUGUUUAUUGUAUUUGUGUGUUUUAAAGCUCUGACAUCACUGAGUUUACAUAGAUCUCAUGUCUAUGUGUAUGUUUUAUUGUUGUAUGUUUUUAACUUAUAAAUAACUAAUAUACAGACUCCGCAGAGAGUCAGUGCCUUUCACAGCGCACCACGAGAGGAAGACGGUCGGCACGCCUCAUUUUUGAUUGGGUUUGUCACACGUUUCUGGCUAAAUCACUGUUACGACGCGUGCUUGCUUGUCCACAUUCCUGUAACCCGCCUGCCGAUAUUCCAAAUCUAGAAAAAAAAGUUUGGCUUGUUGGUUGGUUGGCAUUACAGUUGAUCGUUGGAUAUUUCCAUGUUAUAAAAUGCAUCUUCUGCAUCCUCUCAUAUAGGGAAUGGUAGUGAAGAGAUUAGAGGCUUUCAUUUGAUGAGCAUUCAUCUGUUAGUAUUGGUGAUUGUAAACUCAAAAAUGAGUUUUGAUGCACUUGUCAAGAAUUAGAUUUUUUUUUUUUAUUUUUUUUUUUUUAUGUAUUAUCUUCUAUGCUUGGGUAUUAGGCAUCUUAAUUAUUUGAAUAUUUAAAAAAAAGAAAUCCAGAAAAAGAUUUUAAAAUUGUGCUUUACAUUCAUCCGUACACAUUUACUGUGUUUGAUUUGAUGUUUAAAUGUUGAAUUUCUAGAUAUUUCUGACUUGCUGAAAAUAAAAUACCUUUGUCCUCAAACUGAAAACAUUUCAAUUUUAAAGCAAUCAUGUUUUAUACAUACUGUAUAUCAUUACAUGGACUAACUUACCAAAGCCCUUGCUUGGGGGGUUAUCUGAUGAAGAGUUGUAUUCGUUUACUGGCUAGGGAUUUGUUUAGGCUCUGUAAUGCAAUGUGCUUGAAGCAUUAUGUAUCUGAAUGUAAGUAAAUUGUCUGGCUUAGUAGUUGCUUGAAUCCAAAAUCCAAUCUUCUGUCGAUCCACCUGUAUGUCCUGAGCAUAUUAGGCACGGGUCACAUUGCCGACUGAAAAUAUAAAACCAACCUAAUGGAAGCAUAGUGUAAUUCAGGCAUAUCUAUUCAUGGUAUGUAUCAAACAUGUACCAUUUUUCGCUACUUGUGAAGAAAAAAAAAAAUAACACAUUCAUUUCUAUACAUAAGUAUACAUUGCAACUUUGUACAAGUUGAUUUGUAAACAUAACUUACACCAUAACUACAUUUUCUUUACUUUAAAAUAAGAAUACUUGAAGUAAAUAUUUGUUUGCAAGUUCAUUUAUAUUCAAAAGGGAAUAAUUAACAUACCCUCAGUAAGUAUGUAUUGAUGCCAGCCAAUUAGGCUUCAGUGAGGCUUUGAAAAAGACCCUACAUCUUAGCACAAGCUAUUUAGAAAGGGACUUCAAAUUGCCCAAAUCAAAACUAGUAUCAACAGCUCAUAGCAAUUAUUAUAUUCAAGAAAUUUUGUAAAAUACUGUAUUUCUAUGCUGUAAAGUAACUGUACAUUGCUCAAGUAUUUGAAUUUGCUGUAUUUUGAACAUGUUUUAUAAUUUUUUUUCAAUAUAGCCUACUGUUCUGUUUUUCUUGUCACUGUUGUAUAGUUGAUAGUUGAUUGCACUGCAGAAACAAGAAGUUUGUUUAAAACAUGUCAGAUACAGAGAGAGGGUCUGGAUGAUGAGCUCAUUUAAAUUAUACUCAUAAUUAUUAAUGAGUAGGCUUACUAUUCUGAUAAUGAAAAGAAAAAGUAAGCCAAACUAAAAAUCAGAUCUAUGAUUGCAGGAUCACAGUGAAAUAAAGAUAUAAUAGAUUAUAACUGGUAAAACAAUUAUGUUUGAGAGAUUGAAAGAAUCAGAGAAGUGAAAUGUGUCAAUAACAUUAUGAUUUUGUAAAUUAAUUUUCAUUUACUGUGAUACACAAGAACUUUGGUGAUGAUAAAGUAUGAAAUAUAGCUGGAAAAAAGUUGUAUGACCCCUGUGGUGAUUUUUGGUAUUUAUCGGUAAAAAUAAACAAAAACAAAA